AUGGCAGGUAGAGAUGGCAAUCCACUAGCUCAUCCCGUGAAGAUCCCAGCUUGGCGCAUGCUCGUCGAUCAUGGCGCAAUCACGCAAGAUGUUCUCAAUUACGAAUAUCAAGGUUCAGGUACUGAGGAUGAUCCUUUCGCUGUGACCUGGAUCCCGAAUGACAGUCGCGAUCCACAACGUUUUAGCUUUUCGAGGAAAAUAUGCAUCACGCUCGUUGCGGCGUCGUCAACUUUGAUCGUCUCGUUAGCAUCGUCCGCGUACAGUGGAUCGCUGGAUGAGAUUAUCGCCGAUUUCCAUAUAUCGACUGAGGUCGCCACGCUGGGGUUAUCGCUAUAUGUUGUUGGUUUUGCAGUUGGUCCACUAUUCUGGGCCCCGUUUAGUGAAGUCUGUGGUCGGCAGAUCUCGUUCCUUAUCAGCUUGAUUGGCAUGGCAGCGUUCUUAGCUGGUUCUGCCGCUGCACCAAAUAUUUGGUCACUUUGUAUUCUCCGUUUCUUUGCGGGCUCGUUUGGAUCGGCGCCAUUGAGUAAUGCCGGUGGAACUAUUUCCGAUUGCUUCUCGGCGAGACAGCGAGGUCUUGCUUUGAGUUUAUAUGCUGCGGCUCCAUUCCUCGGUCCAUCGCUAGGUCCUAUUAUUGGUGGGUUUCUUGGUAUGAAGGCAGGGUGGAGAUGGGUGGAAGGGUUUCUUGCUGCGACUUCUGCUUUCGUUUGGGUAUUGACUACCUUGUUGAUUCCGGAGACGUAUGCGCCCGUGCUUUUAAUUCGACGUGCUGAACGUCUCUCUCAGAUAACAGGGAAGGUUUAUAUCAGCAAAAUUGAUCUCCAGAAAGGACGAAGCUCACUGAGUGCUCUUCUGAAGAGAUCCUUGUCCAGACCGCUGGUCCUUUUAUUGAGAGAACCGAUUGUUAUGCUCUCUGCGCUGUAUGUGGCGAUCGUGUAUGGAACUCUGUAUAUGCUCUUUGCCGCUUUCCCUAUUGUAUUUGAGGAGAUCCGUGGCUGGAACCCUGGUGUGGGAGGCCUAGCAUUCCUUGGAGUUAUGAUUGGUAUGAUCAUUGGGAUAAUAUGUACCAUCCCCGCGAACUUCCAUUAUAUGAAAGUCCAAGACCUUCACAAUGGAUACGCUCCCCCAGAAAUAAGGCUUAUCCAGUGUAUGCCUGGUGCAUUGGCUAUCCCCAUCAGUCAAUUCUGGUUCGCAUGGACAGAUUAUCCCUCCAUCCAUUGGUCCGUCAGCAUUAUCGGCACAGCCCCGUUCGGAUUCGGCGUGAUUUUGAUAUACCUGGGUAUCAUGAACUAUCUGAUCGACUCGUAUACCAUCUAUGCUGCAUCUGUGUUAGCGGCUAAUACCGUUCUGAGAUCGAUCUUUGGAGCUGUUUUUCCAAUCAUUGCAACAUACAUGUAUGACGGGAUUGGUAUUCACUGGGCGCCGUCGAUACCGGCGUUCUUGUCCUUGCUUUGCAUGCCGUUUCCAUUUCUGUUCUAUAAGUACGGGGCUGCCAUUCGUCAACGCUGCAAGUAUUCUGCCGAGUCGGAUCAGCAUAUGCAGAGGAUGAGAGAGAAUUCAGUUCAGGAGAAAACAUCUCAGCCUAUUGGCCAGGAGCCAAUUUCCCUAACCGAGGAGGGGGCUGAAAUGGAGAGAAUUGCUACGAUGCGCUCGAAAUGA